UAAUUUAGAAAGUAUUAAUGGGUUAUAAGUGAUGGGACAUAAUAGGGGGGUGUGGUGGAGUGUUUGAGUUUGAGUUGAAUAGAAUAGAAUAGAAUAGAAUAGAGAGUGAGGGAGUGAUCCACGUGGUUCUGAGAAGUCUCGAACCCUUCUUAGCUUGUUGUGUAGAUGGCUGAAAUCAAAGGAGGCGCCGACGACGACAUGGCUGACGGUAUGCAAUGCACGGACCACCCUUACAGAACGAAUCCCGGCGGAAUCUGUGCCUUCUGCCUCCAAGACAAGCUCGGCAAGCUUCUCUCCUCUUCUUUCCCUCUCCCCAUCCGCCCUUCUUCCUCUUCCUCUACCUCCUCCCCUUCCGACAACAUUCCUCCCUCCACCUCCACCUCUACCUCCGCCUCCGCCGUACCUCCUCCCUCACUCUCUCUCUAUCCUACUUCCUCCGCUAACACUACUCAUUCUAGAAGGCCACGCCUUCCUUUUCUCUUGGUCAAGAAGAAGAAGAAGAAGCCCUCUCCCAGCUCCUCCGCUGCACCCUCUGACGCCGCCAUUCUCAAGCGCAGCAAGUCCACCGCCACACCGAGAAGACCACGCUCUCUCCUCGACCCUGAUGACUUACUCAUCCACGAUUUCACUCCCAGGAAGAGGAAUCACGGCUUCUGGUCCUUUCUCUACCAUUCUUCCAAGUCCUCCAAGAGCUUCAGGGACACCAUAUCGGAAACUUCCAAGCCAAAGGAAAAUAGCAAGUGCUGCUCCGGUUCUUCUCUCAUGGCCAGAAGGACCGACAUUGUUGUUGUGGAAGAAGAUAACACUCCCAACAGUAGCCACUCCACCGCUUCCUUUGAGCGCAAGGUUUCCAGAUCCAGAUCUGUUGGCUGUGGUAGCAGGAGCUUCUCCGGCGACUUCUUCGAGAGAAUCUCCACCGGUUUUGGUGACUGCACUCUCCGCCGAGUGGAGUCUCACCGUGAAGGCAAGCACAAGCAGGGGUCGUCUUCUUCUUCCGGNGGCCUAUUCAGCGGGUUCAUGAUGACGUCAUCUUCAUCUUCGUCGUCUUCUUCCUCUUACUGGGUCUCAUCCUCUGCUGACGAUAACAAUAACAAUAAUAAUGGGAAUAAUAAAGCGUCCUCUUCUUCUACUGCUGCUGUUGCAACAUCACUCUCACACUCCCAUGGCAGAGUCAGGAGUUGGGGUUGGGCGUUUGCGAGUCCUAUGAGAGCUUUCAGCGCCAAACCCUCUUCUUCCAAAGAGAAUCAGAAUCGGAGGGAUAUUAUUAGAGAUGCAAAUCACAAUGAUAAUCAUAAUAAGAAGAAUGCCACGCCAAACUUGUCUGCUAUACCUUCAUUGCUCACUGUCAGAAGCUGAUGAAGAAAGAAAUCCCAUGUUAAUUACUACUAUUCAUUUUGGUUUCCUUCAUUACUUAAUUAGUAAUCUGAUACUACUUUUCUCUUAUAAAUUUGGUGUUCAUGAAUAGUUGCAGCUGCUUGUAAUGGAGGCGUAGUACUAUGAUCUCUCCGGUGGCAAAGUGAAAUUGGAGAAGAAUAUCUCUGUCAUCACAUCACGUGGUUCGUCUUAAUUUAUGUUAUUAUGACUGUUGUACUUCUCCCUGUUGGAUAAUUUUCUUACUUUAGUAAUUAGUAUGCCCAAGACAUGUAAUUUUUAUUUUUGAGGACAAUUACUUUUCACAUGCAUACACAUGUUUUGGAAUCACCGUUGUAGAGCUUGUGUGCAAUUUCAAUAAAAAUUGUUACUACUAAAUACUAA